AUGUUAGCAGCAAAGAAGGGACACAAGGAUGUUGUUUUGAUUUUAACACAGAAAGGAGCCAAUCUAGAACUUGUUAACAAAGUGGGAUCUACUCCAGUCAUGUUAGCAGCAAAGAAGGGACACAAGGAUAUUGUUUUGAUUUUAACACAGAAAGGAGCCAAUCUAGAAGUUGUUAACAAAGAGGGAUCUACUCCAGUGAUGUUAGCAGCAAAGAAGGGGCACAAGGAUAUUGUUUUGAUUUUAACACAGAAAGGAGCCAAUCUAGAAGUUGUUAACAAAGUGGGAUCUACUCCAGUCAUGUUAGCGGCAAAGAAGGGGCACAAGGAUAUUGUUUUGAUUUUAACACAGAAAGGAGCCAAUCUAGAAGUUGUUAACAAAGCAUCUCACAAAUGUCUGGCCAUUUGGGAAUUUGAAUCCAUAAUGAGAAAAAUACAUACGUCCCCAAAGAGGGCCAGCACAAAGUCUACAGGAAUCCGCUGCCAAGGCUUGCUUGGCCAAAGCCAUGGGUGUAGUGAUGAAACAGCUGGGGUAGGCGGCAACCCGAUAAACAUGCGGUACAAGCCUUUGCAAGUUUCU